AUGGAGAUCGGUGAGCGUUACGUCGAGCAGAUGCAGACCACCAUCGAGACGAUGCGCCGGCGCUGCCUGGCCUACUACGAUAUGGGCGGUCGUGUGGUGGGAAAGGUGGCGACGGCGGUGGAUCGGCUGCUGGAGGUGGCCGAGCCGGCCUACAAGGAUGCCCAGGACUAUGCGAUCGAAGCGGUGCGUAUCUCUGACGGCCCCGCAAAGUUAUCUACCGACCGUCGGAAUACGGUUGUCGAGAUCUACCUGGGUCUGUCCGUCAUCUGUAUCGGCACGGCGGCCGGACAACUGGCUGGCGCCUCGGCCCUCACCCCGCUUCUCACCUCGAUCUUCCAUCCGUUCUUCGAGCUGUUGACGCUGGGGCUGAUCCCGUUGCACGGCUACAUCACGAUGAAGAAGGCCACCGCGAUGGAUGACGUUGAACGGCGUGCCGUCGUCUUCCAAGUGGGCGCGUUGAUGGGCAUCCUGAUUGGCCAUCUCUACCCCCGAGUCCUAUCCCUCGUCCCCGGCACCUUCUUCCUCCAGCCGCUCCUCCUCGGCCUGUUCAUCGAUAACGAGCUGGUGAAGAACCCGUUUGCCCACGAUCGCCAUAUGACACUGGCAUUAACGGGUGCGUGCUCGGUGGCGCUGUCGGUGGUUUUGGGCUGCGUCCCGUUGGGCUACUUCUCUUUGGCGGUCACCCUGCUCGCCAUCCUCCACGCCGUCCUCAUCUCGGCCCAUUUUCAGGUGUCCGUGCAAGCGCUCACUGACAAUCUGUACUCCCUUGGGGACGCGUCGCUCGCCUAUCUGCUUCCGCUUCUUGGCCUUCAGGUGCUCCUCGCAGCCCUCUUCGGAAGUGACCAGCAGGCCGCCCAGCCCAUCCAACAGCCC